CAAUGGCUUAUCUUCGCACAAAGAGUUCAUAGGUUCUAGUCAGAAAUGUUAUUAAAUGAAGCGUCUGUUGAUCUUGAAAAUAUCUACAAGUUUUACUUGCAAUUUGUGUCUGAAACUCUAUUGUAUUUUAGGAAUUUCGCAUUGUAUGUAAGCAUAUGGCUUUUAGGGUACUUAGUGGUAUGUUGUGUAGUGUAUCGGCGGUAUGCACGGCGUUUACCGACGAGAACCCGCGGGGCGCUACGAGCGAAGAGAGUUUUACUGGUUACGGCCCAUCCUGACGACGAAUGCAUGUUCUUUGGUCCCACAAUAUUUAGACUUUGUGAACAGGGAGCUGACGUGCACUUACUCUGUUUAUCUAAUGGUGACCAUGAAGGUAAAGGGCACUUACGACGUACAGAACUUUGGGAUGCAUGCAAAAAACUCGGAGUUCCUGGACAGAAUAUCACUAUAAUCAUGGAUACACGUCUUAAAGAUGACCCAAAAGUCCAAUGGCCAGUUCCAGUGGUAUCUAAACUUAUACAACACCAACUUGAGUCUUUGGACAUAGACACCCUUGUAACGUUUGAUCGAGGUGGUGUCUCAUCGCACCCAAACCACUCAGCUGUUUUUUACGCUAUUGCUUAUAUGUUUGUUGAGAAAAUGAUGCCUAAAAGGUGCACAGUUUACACAUUAGACUCUGUAAAUAUACUGAGAAAGUACAUUAGUUUUCUAGACCUUCCACUUAGUUUUGUCCUGUCUUCCAAGAGAUACUUCCUGCGCUGGACGGAAAGUAGGCGCGUAGUGCGCUCAAUGAAGGAGCAUCGAUCACAAAUGGUAUGGUUCCGAUAUCUCUAUGUCAUGUUUUCCCGGUACAUUGUUAUCAACACUUUAAGACGUAUCAGUCUGGCUGACAUUGAAUUAGAACUAGAGGUUGACGAUUGAAGGGUUAUCAAAACUAAGUAUAUAAAUAACUGCUGUUGUUCAUUUGGAACCAUUUUAAUGGACUUAUAUGACAGAUUCAUC